AUGCGGCUUUUCUGCUCCAGAAAGUUGGCCCCUGCGGCUCUCGCCACGGCCACGAUGACGCCACGCCGCGCUUUUCACGCGCAGCACCGCACCCCCGUGCUCCCGCAGGUGCACGUCGCCGACCCGCUGCCCUCGCAAUGCGUCCACGUCGGCUACCUCAUUCACCGCAACCAAAUCGUAAAGCACACACCGCACCCGCUGGAGGUGGAGAUGGGCUACCUGCUCGAGCGAGAGCACCAGCGGUACAGCCGACACGAGUCGACCGAGUCCGCCACCGCGUUCUUCGCCAGUCGAGGGCAGUCGAUGGACGUCCUAAACCGCACCGAUGCAUCUCAGAUUAGAGGCAACUUUUUCGGUCUAGAGUUGUAUCAAGACGCCACGAAGGUGAUUCUGCAGCGCUACUCGCCUGAGAAGCGGGUGGCGGCGGCGGACGCGUGGAGUCCGUCGGCCCUCAGCGACCACCCCCCGCCGCGCCACACUCUCCAUCGAAAGAUGGACGACUUUCUUUACCUCAUUGUGCAGGAGGCGGAAAGUGGGAAGUGGGCAAUCCCGCACACGGCGCGCAAAGACGACGAGUCGCUGCGCAUGACGGUCGACCGGGCUCUGUCCUCGCACAACGCUGACGGCCUCGAGUGCUUCCUCUGGUCCAACGCCCCUCAGGCGACGGUGGUGUUGGAGGAGGAAAACACGCGUCUGUUUGUCUACUCCGCCACGUACCUAUCCGGGCGGCCGCGGUUCGACUUGUUCGAGCCGAAGCCGCAGGACCACGCGUGGGUGACGCGGCAGGAGCUGCUGCAGUACAGCGAUACUUUUAAGAGCACGGAGCUGCUGAAAGCACUGAUGGACAUCAGCGCGGAUAGCACGUUCGAGUCCAGCUGA